AUGGCAUCAACUCCAGAAACUGAUCGAUUCCCGUUAGCGGAUGAAGACGAAGCAGGUAGUUCUUUGGAUACCGGUGGCCGGAUCCCAAAGCCGGCUCAGCCAUUGCCUAAGGAAGAAACUGCUGAGGAUCAGGAAGAGAAAGCUCGUCUUAUUGCUCAGAUUCUUGAACUACAGAACACACUUGAUGACCUUAGUGCACGUGUUGAUAGCGUAAAGGAAGAAAGCUUAAAACUGCGUUCUGAAAAUCAGGUAUUGGGACAGUAUAUACAGAAUCUCAUGUCAUCAAGUUCUGUAUUUCAGUCAGUGCAACCGAAGGCAACGGCGAACAAGUAA